CAAAAUACCAAAAACUGCAAACCUACAACAACCACCUCACUCUCUCCUCCUCUCUUCUUAGAUUAAUAUUUCUCUCUCUCUCUCUCUCUCUCGCCGCCUCUGCGAUUCCGGGACGAGGGAAGAGGAUGGACGACGAAUUUCUCAAACGGAGCACCGAUUGCGUCUACUUCCUAGCUUCUCCCCUAACCUGCAAGAAGGGCAUUGAAUGUGAGUAUCGACACAGUGAAAUUGCUAGGCUUAACCCUAGAGAUUGCUGGUACUGGCUUUCAGGAAGCUGUCUUAACCCUGGUUGUGCAUUUCGACAUCCUCCAUUAGAUGCCGGUGCAGAAGUAUCAUCCGAAGUGACUCCUUCUCAAAACCAGAGUGCCCCAACUUCAAGCAAGGUUAACGUUCCAUGUUACUUUUUCUUCAACGGAACCUGCAACAAAGGUGAUCGUUGCAGUUUCUCACAUGGACCCGAUGACAACACACCUGCUCGGAAAUCCCUAAAGAUUCCUACAGCCGUUGAUACCAUUUCUUCACAAACCAGAAAGAAUCCUGAAACUAACUCUGAGCCACAUCAUGACCUGUUUAAAAGCAAUUCAAGACAAGUAGUCGAGACACAGACCCAAACACCUGUCAUCAUCCCCACCAAAGAGGAUGUUCGCUUGUCGGCACCCCCCACCAACAAUUUCACUUUUAACGUUCCCGUGCAAACACAUGAAGAUGACAGUGGAGAAUUUAUGUCGGAAGUGUUAAAUCGCCCGACUACAAUUUGCGUAAUUCAAAGUCCACGGGACCAAGGUGGGGAUGGACAUUUCGAUGGAGAAGAUCGGUUGGAAUCAUCUCCCGGUUUUGAUGUUCUUGUUGAUAAUGGAUCCGACGACGCCGAAUAUGAGGAUGGACAAGACUACACAUUAGGGUUAGACCAUGGACUCGACGCAGACGGCCGAGAACUCAACGGUCAAUACGGUCGCUAUGAUUACGAAGAACCUAUCGAGUACGAUCCCGAAUAUCCCCACAUGGGUAACAAUUCGCGCGAAGACGAAAUCCGAGAUUCUUAUCCCCAAAUUAACGACGAAAACGAAUACUCCUCGGGAAGACGAACGAGGGAAAGAUUGUCAGCUCCGAUUUUCACCCGAAAAAGAAAGAAUUUCCCCGCUGAUUAUCCUUCUGAUGACAAUAGAAUGGUGGAUCUCAGAUACCAUCUUGAAAACCGCAAGCAAACUAACGGAGGAUCUUCAGGACAAUUUGCAAGAAGGCAGAACGCUCAUCAUCCACAGCGUUUGGGUUAUGAAAAUAGGUCCGGGUCUCGAAGGCAACAACAACAACCGGCAUGGAGGCCUCAGAGGAAGUUGAACGAGGAAGGCGUCAAUUUACUUAACGAGAAUGGUUGGGAUCGAGGGGGAGGAGGGUAUAGGAUGAAUAGGCCGUCUAAUAAUAAUAAUAAUGUGAGAGUCAGUGGAGGGCAAGACUUGAAUGUAGAGAACAACUAUAUUUCAUCAGAGGGUUCUGGAAUGGGAACUCCUGUUCCGUGGAAGAGAAGAUUGGGAGAAAGAUCGGAUUUAUUUACAAGGCCGAAGACAUUAGCGGAGAUUAGAGAAGAGAAGGAGAAGUUUAUUGGAGGAGAAACUACAACAACAAUGGGAAGGGAAAUGAUGGUAUGCGAAGAUUUUGAAGCUCCGAAACCUUUAAGCGAGAUUCUCAAGGACAAGAAUCGGCUCGCUUCAGUUGUGGAAGCGAAAGAGGUUGGAAAUGGAAGCAGCCAGCUUAGCUAGACUAUCGAUUUCUUUCAACUAUUGUGGGCAAGAUGAAGAUGAUUUGUCUCGUUUUUCCUUUAUGUGUGUUUUGUUGUGGAAGAAAGAAAGGAAGAUAAUUUUUUUAAACUUUUAUUUUUCUUUUAUUUUUUUUUUUGUACUAGUAGUGAUUAAAAUGGAGCUAGCUACCAUUAGUUUUGAAGACAUUUUUCUUUCUUUCAUAAGGAGCUAAUAGUAACAAUGGAUUGUUGGUUGGUUGUUU